GCCAAGCGCGCGCCCGCGAGCCCCGGGCGCCAUCUUGGGUUCUGAAGCUGGGCCGAGGCUUCCCGGACCGCUGCCGUUGGCCGCUGCUGCUCGCCCAGGGCGUCUCAGGCGGCGACGAGGAGGUGCCGAGGCGAAGGACGCAGCCUGCGCGGGACCGAGAAGGGAAGCUUCAGCACCCCCCCCCCCGUCCCCGGCCGGCCGGAGCCGCAAAGGUGGAGCCGCGUCGGCGCCCGCCGCGGGACCAGCGUCUCGGAUGCGGGCGGAGCGCGGGGGGCCGCGACGGCGGGAGCGCGGAGAGGAGGCCCCGGGAGGCCUCAUGUGAGAGCCGCCGCCGCCGCCGCCGCCCGCGCAGCCCGGGGUGGUGUGUGGGGGAAGCCGCCCCCGGCAGCAGGAUGAAGCGAGGGGGAAGAGAUAGUGACCUUGAUUCACCCGAAGAAGGCCCUGCAGAGGAACCUAAGAAACUGAGGACUGCACACGAGUGUUCUCAACCUUGUGACUGGGGCAACCUCCUGCAGGACAUUAUCCUCCAAGUGUUUAAGUAUUUGCCUCUUCUUGACCGGGCCCAUGCUUCACAAGUGUGCCGGAACUGGAAUCAGGUAUUUCACAUGCCUGACUUGUGGAGAUGCUUUGAAUUUGAACUGAAUCAGCCAGCUACAUCUUACUUGAAAGCUACACAUCCAGAGCUGAUCAAACAGAUUAUUAAAAGGCAUUCAAACCAUCUACAGUAUGUCAGCUUCAAGGUGGACAGCAGCAAAGAGUCAGCUGAAGCAGCUUGUGAUAUAUUAUCGCAGCUUGUGAACUGCUCUCUAAAAACACUUGGACUUAUUUCAACUGCCCGGCCAAGCUUUAUGGAUCUACCAAAGUCUCACUUUAUCUCUGCACUGACAGUUGUGUUUGUAAACUCCAAAUCCCUGUCCUCACUUAAGAUAGAUGACACCCCAGUAGAUGACCCGUCCCUUAAAGUGCUAGUGGCCAACAACAGUGACACACUCAAGCUGCUGAAAAUGAGCAGCUGUCCUCAUGUCUCUCCAGCAGGUAUUCUUUGUGUGGCUGACCAGUGUCAUGGCUUACGAGAACUGGCCCUGAACUACCAUUUGCUAAGUGAUGAGUUGUUGCUUGCACUGUCUUCUGAAAAGCACGUUCGCCUAGAACAUUUGCGCAUUGAUGUUGUCAGUGAGAACCCAGGACAGACGCAUUUUCAUACCAUUCAGAAGAGCAGCUGGGAUGCCUUCAUCAAACACUCGCCCAAAGUGAACUUAGUGAUGUAUUUUUUUUUAUACGAAGAAGAAUUUGACCCAUUCUUUCGUUAUGAAAUACCUGCCACUCAUCUUUACUUUGGGAGAUCAGUAAGCAAAGAUGUGCUUGGCCGUGUGGGCAUGACCUGCCCAAGACUAGUAGAACUGGUAGUCUGUGCCAAUGGGUUACGGCCCCUUGAUGAAGAGUUAAUUCGCAUUGCAGAACGUUGUAAAAAUUUGUCAGCUAUUGGGCUGGGGGAAUGUGAAGUCUCGUGUAGUGCCUUUGUUGAGUUUGUGAAGAUGUGUGGGGGCCGCCUCUCUCAGUUAUCCAUUAUGGAGGAAGUGUUAAUUCCUGACCAAAAGUAUAGUUUGGAGCAGAUUCACUGGGAAGUGUCUAAGCAUCUUGGCAGGGUCUGGUUUCCAGACAUGAUGCCUACUUGGUAAGGAUUGCAUGAUACAGGGCAUGGUGAAUAAACAGCACCUUAAUUUUAAGGAAAUGUACUAUAAUAAAAGUUUAUUUGCUCUAGUUCUGACGUAAUUUCUACUAUUUUGUGGCACAGAAAUUUGGUAUCUUUGAGCCUAUAAUGAAUGUUUGUUGGAAGACCUACAGUUUGGGUCAGGUAACUCCUUUUUGUAGCCUAAUCGCAAUCAAAUGUUUAAAAAUUAAAAGAAAAUGUUUCAUAUUUGAAAGUAAUAUCCAGUUCUGAAAAUGAGAUUGUUCAUAGUCUGAAGGAAACAAUCUGUAUAUUGUAAUAUCUAAGAAAUAUACUAAUAGGUUUUCUGAAAUGUUCUCUAUGCAUUUUUUUAAAAAAUGUAAACUUGACAUUUUAGGGUCUUCAGUUAUAAAUACACCUGUUAUAAGGUGUUUACUAUAGCUCAGGAAAGUGAGCAUUUUGUGAGAGAAAUGUAUGAUAUAGCUCAUAAGAAGUUGGUUGAAUGUUUUCAGAUGUUAUGAAGCUGUUUUGAAAAUUAAGAUAUAAAUAUCAGAGUUCUUAGAACACUGAUAAAUGUUGCAGUGGUUAUUAAGGAUGGCACACAGCCAGGAUCAACUAAAUGAACCAGUGGAAUAGAAGAGAGGUAGUAUUUAGCUUUGUAUGAACCUUAGGUUUUCUGUGUAAUAUGCUAAACCAUGUGAGUUCUUUUCUGUUAUAUUACUAAUGUUUGUGGUGCCUGAGGCAUUGUAUGUAAAGGAAUGCUUUAAUCUCCUUUUUUAAAAAUCUUUGUUUAAACUAGUUUUAACUAUUAACACAAUUUAAAUGAAAAUCCUACUUAAAAACCAAAUUGAAAUAAUUAAAAGUAGAACUUUAUAAAUUGUUUAUGAACAGUUUUCAUGAAAGAAUAUUAAUUUACAGUGAAUUUUAGUGAUAGCUUAUGCUUUAAUUUUGGAAUUACAUAGCUACAAUAAAUACAAUGUUAAAAUCAAAAGGAGUAUCUGUACAGUUCAGAAACACUAAAUUUAAAAGAAUAUAUAUAUAUAUAUAAAAGUUCAUAAUUUUUGAGUAAAUAUUACUCAGUGAACUGGAACAUUUUAAUAGAAAAAUAUCUGCAGUAUUGUGAUUGUUAAUUUGGUUGAAACUGGUAUUUUAUAUUAUUUAAGUUAUGUAGCUUUUCAUAUUACUUUCAUAUGAGUAAAGGUAAAUUCUAGACUUGGUAGAGUGUAAAAAGUACUAAGUUUUGGUUAUAUAUAGUUUUUUUUCAGAUACUGUAUGAGCUUGGAUUAUGGGCACAUGUCUCCUGAGAGAAGUGAGAAGUGACUUACCUCAGCAGAGUACUGCAGUGCCUGAAAUGGUUCUCUUGAGUAGUGUGACUUCUAGAAAGUACCCUGAUAGUUGUGGAAGCUAACAGUCUUAAAAACAGAUGAACUUCCUGAGAAUAAAACAGAAUGUGGCUUUCUAUACAAUUUAUGCUUUUCAAAAGUGAUGGUAUUCUUUCAGGCACAUAUAGAUGAAAAGAAAAAGACUGACCAGAGCGCAACAUUAAAAGCAACUAUUAGAACAUUUCCCUCUUACUAAAUAGUAAGAAACUGGCUAUACAGGAAAUACUUGUGCUAGAUGUUUUUUUAUUUUACUUUAUUUUUAACAACUUUGGAAAAUGGAUUUGACAGUGUAUAAUCAGUUUUACUAACCAAAGCUUUAUUUGAAAAUGUACUUUUUGUACAAAUUGAAUUACAUGCUUGAAUACUUUAAGUCACUUUAUAAGCAAAAUGCAUAGCACUUAAUUUGUUUAUACUGUAAAAUACAUGUUAAAGGUUUUAUCAAUCUGAGAAUAAAGAUAGUUACUAA